AUGACCGUGACAUAUGGACAUCUCGCUGAUGAAAGCUUAUUUCUUUCCCGUGCGCAUGAAAUCGUCGAUGUCGGAAAACAGGCUCUCUCUCCUGAGAAGGCUGCCAUGUUCACAGCCUUUCCUUUCCUUGCCGUUUGGUGCUUUGGUGGAGCAUUUGCCAUGAUGGGACGUUGUAGAGAAUUAAGUCAACAACUUUUGAACGAGCCCUUUAACGAAGUGAAGGCGCAGAUAGCAGAUGGUACUGCUUCGCACUCAUCAGUUGCUGACUUUCUCAGUCAAGCUCACGACAACACUGACGAAGACAUGAUGAAGUCUGUUGCGUAG